AUGGAUAAGUGGAGAGAGAUUCCAUUGUCAAAAGAAGAGGAGGAGGGUGUUAUAGCUGAAGAAGAAGAAGUAUGCGGCGAGGAGAUUUUCCAAAGAACCCUGGCAGGAAAGCUUUGGACUGAUAACAGUUUCAACUCUAGGGCUUUCACAAGUACCAUGACUGGAGCCUGGAAGUUGAAGAACCCAGUGGAGAUCCAGGAACUCAGUAAAAAUCUAUAUCUAUUUCGCUUCGCCACAAAACGAGAUCUGGAGAGUGUACUGCGAAAUGGGCCUUGGAGCUUCGAUAGGAAUUUGUUGAUUCUCACUCGUGUUUCUGGCGAAGAACAACCAUCAGCGUUAAACAUGCAUUUCGGAACUUUCUGGGUCAGGAUCUACGAGUUACCGUUAAUGCUCAGAACUGAAUCUAUGGCAAGGAAGCUGGGGGGAAUACUGGGUUCGCUUGAGGAGGUCGACCAGAACGAGGCUCACAGGAAUGGAAGGUUCCUCAGGAUAAAAGUUUCAAUUGACCUCAAUCAGCCACUGAAGAGGGGAACGAUGGUUAGGUUCAAAGAGAAGAACUUAAGGAUUUACUUCAAAUAUGAGAGACUCCCGACGUUUUGUUUUGUGUGUGGGAAAGUGGGACAUCAACUGAAGGAUUGUGACUCGGUAGAAGAUCUGAGCGAGGAGGGGUUUGAAGAGCUAGAUGAGCAAGAGCUAUCAUACGGAACAUGGCUUAGGGCCUCUCCAUUGCCAAAAAUCACGGAUGAACAGCGGAAAAAAGAGACAAAAUCCAGCUCAUGCAGUAAAAGCCUUUUCAAUGUUUCCUCGGGACAGAGUGGUUGCGGGUCAAAAAAUAAAGAAAAGGAAGGUGACGGGGAAGUAGAACAGAAGAAAGAUGAGAAUGGAGGGAAGGGGAAGGAAGUGGUGCAGGAGAAGGCUGCCAAACCUGGAGUUCAAGUUCUGGAGAUUGAAGCUGUAGCGGAAUUUCUAGGAGCAGUAGACAUAUCAAAUAUUGGCAGUGGGAAAAACCUCAUUCCUAAGGGCUCGGGUGCAAGGAAGAAGAAGUGGACAAGAAAGUCAACAACGAGAAAGACUCUAUGCAGGCAAGAGAAGAAAUUAGAACAGGAGAUAGGAAAGCGACCUCUAGUUGAUGUGAUGAUAAUUGAAGGGAAUGUCGAUGAAUGUGGUAGUGGAGAAAAAAAGAGGAGGAGUGAAGCGGUAGCAACAAAUGCGAAGAAUGAACAGAAGCUCAUACCAGAGGUGGUGUUGGAAGACCAACACCGCCUUACCCAAUGA